AUGCUCACCUUAGUGCUUUCUAGAAAGACUCCACAUGAAAUGCUCUACAAAAUUUUACCCUCCUACACCCAUUUGCGUGUCCUCGGGUGCCUUUGUUAUGCCAACCAAACAGCUCACACACAUAAGUUUGAUGCUAGGGCUCGUAGAUGCAUUUUUGUGGGUUAUCCGUCUGGCCAAAAGGCAUAUCGCCUAUUUGAUCUCAAAACACAUCAAUUCUUCUCCAGCCGAGAUGUAGUUUCUCAUGAACAUGUAUUCCCACUCUCAGAUAUUUCCCAUGAUACACAACUAGAGGUACCUCAAGCUCCAGUUUUACCAUCCAUCCCAAUCAAUCAAGACACCUAUUCACUUGAACCCAACCAAUCAAACCCACCAUUUGAGCCACCCAUUGUUGAUCCACAUACCCAGCCUAUGUCUUCACCCGCACCAUCCAAUUCUUCUCCAAUUAACCUUCUUCGUGAAUCUUCCUCAGUACCUGAACCUUCUUCGAUGACCUUUCCUACACCUAACAGGCCUUCUACACCGUCACCUCCACCACAAGAACCUCGUCGUGGCAUGCGCCCCAAGAUACCCAAUGUGCGCCUUUGCCACUACGAUUGCUCACAGGUGACGACCCCCAAACCCAAUUCAACAUCUUCUUCCAAGUCAGGUACUUGUUACCCUUUUUCUAAAUAUCUUUCUUGUUCUCACUUGUCACCAUCACAUCGCACUUUUAUCCACAAUAUCACUACAAGUGUUGAACCCACCUCUUUUGCACAAGCUAAUCUUGAUCCCAAGUGGCGUGAAGCCAUGGAAGUUGAAUUGCAGGCCUUUGCAAACAAUCAGACCUGGACGCUUACACCUUUGCCUCCUGGUAAGCGGGCCAUUGGCAGCAAGUGGGUAUAA